AGUUUGCUCAGAGAAGAUCGGUACGAAAUGAAUGAAAUAACCCGCUUGAAAUCUCAAAUUGUGUCCCGUUUUUCGAUUGGAGGAUUCCAAAUACGAAGUGAAGCAAGCCUAUUUCUAGCACAACAGCUUCAUACUCUCGGCGAGGCAGAACGCAAGAAAUGGAUUACGAACGUCGCAAAUCAUGUGCAGGGACAAAAUCUACCUCACCCAAUCGUGGAAAGGAAGCACAUUGAAUUGGCCAUAAAGGAGGCAAACAACACCGGUCUGGAUGACACGGAAUCGGUGUUCGGGGUAAUCAGUGCCUUCGAGGUACCAGCAUUCAUGUAUUGCGAGGAUAAGAAAAAGUUUCUGCCCGAUACGAACAAACGAAGCUUGCUGGCGGCAUCAGAGGCUAAAUCCCACUACAUUCGCGAACGAUAUUGGCUGCUCUGGCAGAAAACAUGCCGACAUGAAAUGUUCGCCCGGCGUGCACCAUUGGGCACGGAUGAGACGGGUAACAAAAGUAAGCUCGUGCUACGCAAAGUCGAAAACUUAUUAUCAACAUCGAAGAUGAACGAUGUAGUGCUGCUAGGUUUGCUCACACAACUUACUGAAGGAAAGUUUUAUUUGGAAGAUCUCACUGGAGCUAUUCCAAUUGAUCUGAGCGACGCCGUUUACUCGGCUGGACUGUUCUGCGAGGGAUGCUAUGUGCUGGCUUACGGCAAGUAUCGUGACGGUACGUUAAAAAUCGAAGAGAUAGGCUUUCCACCUCCCGAGCUGGCCUCUAUCAGCAGAGCAUUUUACGGGUCCAUCAACAGUUGGGGUGGACCAUCCAAAACGUUGCUUAAGUACUCGCGUAAUUUGGGAGAGCUGGAGAAAGCGAACGUCGACAGUAGCAUAGUGUUUGUUUCGGACUGUUGGCUAGACGUGCCGGAAGUGAUGGAAAAGCUCGGCCAACUGCUCAAAGGGUAUGAUGAUUUUCCACCGGUUGCUAUCGUUUUGAUGGGCCCAUUCACAAAGGCCAACGAAAACUUGUAUGGUCUCAAAAAUCGAUUCCAACGACUGGGCGAAAUUCUGAUGAAUUGCGAGAAGCUUAAGGCACAAACCGAUCUGGUAUUGGUACCCUCCUGUGAUGAUCCUGCUGCGGCAAAUAUUUUACCCCGAGCACCGAUUCCGGAAGCGUUGGCUGGUGACUUGAAAAAACGGUUUCCGCGGACGAUGUUGACCACUAACCCAUGUCGGCUGCAAUACUGCACCCAGGAGAUCGUCGUGUGUCGAGCUGAUUUGGUGACUAAACUUUGUCGGAAUACAAUCCAUUUUCCCAAACAAGGCCAAUUGGAGGAUCACUUUGCUCGGACGCUGAUCAACCAAGGUACGCUUGCCCCGCUGACACCAGUCGCAUUUCCAACACAUUGGAACUAUGAUGCUGCGCUUUCACUGUAUCCACUUCCAGAUUUGGUUGCGAUAGGCGAUCCUUGCCAGGGGUUUCAAACUACCGAGCAAGAAUGUACGGUUAUGAAUGUAGGUUCUUUUCCAAAAUCAAAGUUUGCAUUUAAAGUAUACUAUCCUUGCAAUCGGUCUAUAGAAGAUUCUCAAAUACCUGACGAGGAAUAAUAUAUUGGAACCGAAAAACAAAAAUAAAGUAUUUAUGAAACUUCAGCCAAAUCAGAAAAGAUGCAUGGGGCAAACCAUAAAACAAUAAUGGUUGGUACUAUGGCAAAAACUGAGAAACAUUUUUUUUCUUUGCCAUCGAUAAAUUUUCUAGCGUUGGUGUACACUCAUAUUCUUUACGUCAAAGUGCUGAGAAGUGUAUAUUUUUUUGUUUUGUUUUCUGAUCCAUUUGUUUAAACAAUCGUCAUCGUUAAAUCUAUAUCGUCUAUACGAGUUUUGCAGGUUCCGUUUGUUUCCUGAAGAAACCAAUACACAAAUACAAUCUUCCAACCUUCAUACAUUGUCUCGUCAUUGUUGAAACAGGUGAAGCCAACUCACCGUAACAGUGACGCACUGCGAAAACGGAAAACGAAAUCGUGUGUCCUCAGAUUUCUAUUUUCGAAAUGGCUACUAAAUAAAAGUUUUCGCGCAGACAAGCAUUCAUUCCUUAUAGUUCAGAGGGAUCAGUAUACAGAAGGCGGUAAUCUACUCCGAAUAAAUCGAAAGAAGACAUAUUUCUUUUAACAAAUCAAAAUGAAAUUCACAUUUGCCCUCGUCUUUACCUUGGCCAUGCUAUCGCUGGUGCUAUUUGUUACGGAAAGCAGAGCUGACCUGAUUUGUGAAGAACUCCUCCCAUCCGCCGCGGAAGUGCUCUGUCCGCUGAAGUGUAAGGACCUGAAGUUCAAAGGUGGCAUGUGCGUGAAUGGCGCGUGUGUCUGCAAUAAUCCCUAGUACAAUAGAAUCAGCAAUAAAAGUUGCUUAAAUCGUG